AUGCUCUCCUUUAUCCUCAUCCAGAACAGACAGGGCAAGACCCGUCUCGCCAAAUGGUACGCCCCCUACAGCGACGACGAAAAGAUCAAGCUCAAAGGCGAAGUCCACCGCCUCGUCGCCCCCCGCGACCAAAAGUACCAGUCCAACUUCGUCGAGUUCCGCAACAACAAGAUCGUCUACCGCCGCUACGCAGGGCUCUUCUUCUGCGCCUGCGUCGACACAAACGACAACGAGCUCGCUUUUCUCGAGGCCAUCCACUUUUUCGUCGAGGUCCUCGACGCCUUCUUCGGAAACGUCUGCGAGCUCGACCUCGUCUUCAACUUUUACAAGGUGUAUGCCAUCCUCGACGAGGUCUUUCUUGCGGGCGAGAUUGAGGAGACGAGCAAGCAGGUCGUCUUGACGCGGCUGGAGCAUCUGGAUAAGCUGGAGUAA